UAAAUGUAAAUGUUACUAUAAAUCCACCCCUGCAAAAUCACAAAAACCUAAGUAGAGUGAGUCUUUUCAUCUACUUUCCCAAUUGAGCUAAAUUCCGCCCCUGCAAAAACCUUUUGAAAUUCCACAACAUUCUUCGAAAUGGAUUCUGAAACUUCCAUCAGAAUCGAAGAAACAGUACUCGAUAUCCUCAAAACCUGUAACCUGGAAGAAGUUUCGGAGCAAAAAAUCCGAAGAAUGGCUUCAGAAAAGCUAGGUCUUGACCUAUCCGAACCGACCCGGAAGAAAUUUGUCCGGCAGGUGGUGGAGAAGUUCCUUGCUGAAGAACAAGCAAAACGUGAGGCAAAUGCUGCUGAUGAAGUAAAGGAGGAGGAGGAUGAAGAAGAGGAGGACGGCAAAGUGAAAAGCAGCGGUGAUAAGGAGUACGAUGACGAAGGCGAUCUCAUCGUUUGCCGAUUGUCGCAUAAGAGAAGAGUGACUGUUACUGACUUUAGGGGAAAAACUCUGGUGUCGAUAAGAGAGUACUACAGCAAAGAGGGCAAGGAGUUGCCUACUUCUAAAGGGAUAAGUUUGACAGCUGAGCAAUGGGCAACUUUCAAGAAGAAUAUUCCUGGAGUUGAACAAGCCAUCAAGAAAUUGGAGUCGAAGUCUUAGUUUAGUUUUUAGUUUUGGUUACAUGCAGUAGUAAUAUUUGAAGUACUUAAAACAGUAGGAGACAUGUUCUUUUGGGUAAAUUGGUUAACUUUGGUUUACAUGCAUUAUUAUGCCUGUUCUCUUGGCUAAUGCAGAUGUUCUCUAAUUUGAGGCACCUGGUUUUUGGAAACACCAAAGAGAACCUUCUAUGAUUUUACAUGUAGUAGAAAUAGCUCUUUUCGA